CCCCAAGGCGGGCGGCUUCGGCGUGCUGCCGCUGCAAGCGCACGUACGCGGCCGCUGGGCCAAGUGGGGGGCGCGCUUUCUGUUGGGCGGCGACAACAUCCCGUGGGUGCACUUGGGCCGCGCCCUGCUGCACGGCGCCACGCCACCAGCCUCCGCGCCCCCCUUGGCCCUGUUGGAAGCCGACCCCGCGACGCUGGCGCCGCCGUUGGCGCGCCUGCGGGCGGGCCUGCUUGCGCUGGGCCCCAUGCACCAGCCGCCGCUGUCCGUGUCGCCGGGGGUUUGCUGCUACUUUUACCCCCUGUGGCGCAUCACCUCAGCCCGGCCCCCAGUCAGCGUGCUGGAGGACGAGCCGCCCUGCCGGGAGGCGUUGCUGGACCCAGGGGAAACGACGGCCGUGGCGGACGGCAAGUGGGCGGUGGCUCGGGCCGCCGCCGAGGCUGGCCGCUUCGGCACGGCGGUGGCGGCCGCAAUCAACGACGCGGCAGCGGCAGCACAGGCGUCGGCGCCACCAGCGCGCGGCCGCCCGUGGGGCCAGGGCCGGGCGGAGCCACUGGUCGCGGCCUUUGACUGCGUCGCCUGGGCGGGAAACAAGUGCCGCCUGCCGACGGUUGGGGACCUGCUGGCAGCGCUGGCAGCGGCGUGGGAGGCGUUUGAUGCUCGCGGGGAAAACAGGCGGCUGAUACCUGCAGCCGGCCAGGCCCGGACGUAUACGCUUGGCCAGCGGCAGCAACAAGCGCAGCGGCAGCACAGCAGCAGCAGCAGCAGCAGCAGUAGCAGCAGCAGCAGCACAGCGGCAGCAAUAGCGGCAGCGGCAGCAACAGCGGCAGGGGCAGCAGCAGCAGCAGCAACAGGGGUUGUACAACCAACAGCAACAACAGCAGGGGCAGCAACAACGGCAGCAGGCGCCGCAGCGGCGGCCGCAUCCUGA